CGCCGAAACCGGAAAGUGUUUGCCGCUUGCCAACGAUGUCGAUAUCGCAAGAUCCGCUGCGACGGGUCUUUCCCCUCGUGUGCAAACUGCCAAAAAGCUGGGGAACCUUGUCUCGAUCCACACCGAGAAAAGAGAUUCCUCGAAGGUGACUACGUUGUUUCAUUAGAACAAAAAGUCAGAUCAUUAGAAGCCAUCAUUGCAAACAGAUGUCCCGAUAUAGACCUAGCUGCCAUCGCAUCAGUUCGCCAACAAGUCGACUCUUCAAACUCUGUACCACCGACAACAUCUCCGUGGGCUCCUUCAGGACAUGUACAAUCGGACACUGAACUUCUCACCCAUGUAAUUGCUCUUGUAUCACUAAACGGCUCCUCAGAACCUAAAUAUCUCGGACCGUCAAGUGGAUUUUCUUUUGCAAAGCUAUUAGCCAGUCCAGGGCUAAGAUUGGACCAGCGAAUACGCGAUGGGGAUAAACCAGAUGCUGGGGCCAGAGCAUCAGCGGAAUACCAUGCCGUACCUCUUCCACCGUUCCAUGAAGCUGCAAUUCUCGCCGAGGCUUUCUUUGAUGAGGUGCAAUGGCAAUAUCCCUUUCUACAUAAGCCGUCGUUCCUAUCUUCCCUUCGUGAAGUAUACAAUGAUAAAGGCCAAAGCCAAGCUGAAUCUAGCUACGCGGUUGGGUCGGAUGUUGCCAAUGUUUAUUUUCAAGUCUUCAUGGUACUCGCGGUUGGCGCCUCUACCGUUUCAAAAACGCUCAGUAUGGCAAAAGAUGCUGGGAAUUAUUACGUCUCAGCGAUGCAAUAUAGCGACGGAGCUCUUUACAACGUAUCUCUUCUCACAACACAAAACCAUCUUCUCUUGGCAAUGCAUGCACUUUUUAACCCGCGAUCAGACACGAAUAUAUGGUUCAUGAAUUAUCUUCUGAUGGCUAGCUGCAUUGACUUGGGCCUCCACCGAGACGUUGGCCCCCGCCAAGAUAACUUGCCAAAAGAAGCAAUCUUGAAAGAGGAAAUGCGAAGAAGGGUUUUCUGGAGCUGCUAUUGUCUUGAUAGAAAUGUUGGCACCGCACUCGGACGAUCACUUGGAAUCAGAAAUGAGGCUUGCGAUGUACCCAAUUGGUCACCUAUAUCAUGCUCAAUACACCUUUCUCGUCUCGCCAUUAUUAUUACCGACAUGAAGCUACAUCUUUAUAGGAUCUCAAUUCCGUGGCCAUCAGACCUACACUCGUGGAGAGACAGCACGUACAGGGACCUCAUUGAAUGGAAAGCAGCGACCUCAUUGUUGAGUAGCGGUAAAGCAUCCUUCUUUGCCCACCUCGAAGUUUCUUAUUAUCCUGCCGUUAUGUUACUCUAUCGCCCAUCUCCAAGGUUCCCUAAGCUGUCCAUGGACACCGCACACAUUUGUAGCGACUCAUCCAUCAAAGUUAUUGAAAUAUUCGACAGUCUUCAGCGCCUAGGAAAGAUGCAAUACAGCGUGCUUAGUGUUCACAGCACUUUGCUAAGCGGCCUGACAAUGUUAUACAGUGCUCAAAUUUGUUGCAAAAAUGAUGCUUCUGAGGAAAUGCGGAGAUUGCCAAACGACAUCAAAAUAUGUUCUUCUAUCCUAUCAACAAUGGCAGAGCUGGGUUGGGCACACGCCAAACGAUCGUUGUCCGUUUUUAAUACAAUAGGUCGGGUAACUGUCAGG